GGAAGUGUUGUUGAACACGUCGGUCUUCAGUCUGGAGGAAGUCAGCAGAGAGUUCACUUUGUUAACAGCUUAAUCUCUACACAACUUUACUGCAAGCUUUCACAUUUGACUGAAACUAUUUCAGACCGCUGAACUGAAGAUGGACAUGUUUCACACACUGGCGUUUUGCUGUUUGUGCUGUUGCCGCCUGGCUGCUCGUCUGCCGGUUCCUGUCAUCAGCAGAAACUCUUCACAAUGUUCUUCAUCAUCAUCAUCUUCAUCAUAUUGUUCACUGGUGUGUUCAGUGGUGAAUGUGGGUCAUGUGACUCUCUCCUGGUACAAAGGAAACAGUUUAUUGUCCAGCAUCAGUGUGUCUGAUCUCAGCAUCAGUCUCUCUCUACCUCUGGAGGUGGAAUAUCAGGAGAAAAACAGCUACAGCUGUGUGAUCAACAAUCCCAUCACAAACCAGACCACACAUCUGGACAUCACUCAACUCUGUCAGACAUGUUCAGACUCAGUUUCUCUGAUAGCGUUGAUCUCUGUUGUUGAUGGAUAUCUGUUGAUUGUCGCUGGAUUUUGUAUCGUCUGCAUCUGCUGGAAACGUAGAAAAACUGGUCAAGAAGGUCAGAUGUGUGAUGAUGAGAUCACUGUUGUUAUAUUCAUGAUUCAGCACUCUAUGAAUGAAACAUAAAUUGAAAACUGAAGAGGAGGGUGAAGUCGUAAAGUGUGUGCCUGUCAGUAUGAGAAGAUGAUUAAACUUGCAUCUGUUUUUAAAGUAUUUGUUUUAAUAUUUUGUUGUGAUCAUUUUACUGGGAAUUUCUGUAACUCCUGACUGUGAGUUGAUGAUAUAAAUAUAUGGUUUAAAGUUACAUUUAGUUACAUUUAGUCAUAAUUACCGUUUGGUUGUACUAGGAUUAUUAUAAUGAUAACAAUAUGUUUGUUUUUGGCUUCCAAACUUGUAGUAAGGCAUUCGGAACUAAAUAAAAGGUUAGUUAUAACACACCAAAGUAACUGGAACAAAAGGAUGGACCUUGGCUUUCUGUCUGAGUGUGAAACUGUUUCUCAUCAUGUCUCAGUCAUAUAAUACUGUUCAUAACAGAACAGGAAGAACCUCUUCACCCACAAACUAAACACACAUGCAGUGGAUAACCAUUCUCACCUACAAGAUCUCUGUCCAUCGGAAAGAUCAAACCACAUUCAAAAAGAAAAAAAGAAGAAGAAAUAAAACAAUCUGACUCAUAAACAAAACAGUAAAGUAAAAUCUGUAUUUUGAGAUCGCAUGGUUUCAACUUUGUAUUUACCCAUAAACUAAAGUGAAAAAAUUAAGAAGAAAAAAUGUACUGCAUCCAGUAUUCAACAAUGUUGUUCUUCAUUUAUUUUGUUUUAUGUUGUUAAAUUCAUACUACGAGGCAAAAUAAUAUUUCUAUACCACAUCUGUAACUAUAUAUCGCAUGCAUAUACUCAUGUGUGUUUUUUAUUGGGAGGGUAAAACUCUGUCAGAGGAGGAUUCACAUCAGUUCUGUUGUGUUUGUUUAGAUCAGUUGUGCUUUUAUUCAUAGUCUUAUUAGAUCAGACUUUUCACUGAACAGCUGAAAAUGUUUCUUGUUUUGUUCUGCUGCUGGUGUCUGAUCAGUAGGUUAUACAUUUGUGUUAUUUAUUAACAUUUCACAGUAAUAAACUC